GAGACCCCCCCCCCCCGCGGCUUUGGAGUGGGAAGUGAGGUGAGGGAAGUCCGUCGCUUUCUGAUGAAUUCAUUGGCUGUGGAAUUGGGACCGGGCUGGAAUCUGGUCCCUGGGGGCUGGUACUUGCACUUUAAACCCCCUUCUCAGGGGGCUGAUAGUUUGACAGAUUUGUCUGUCGCACGUGCACAUUCUGAGCACAGCAGGUUGAAUUAGUUCUUAAUAAUGGGAAGAACAUACAUUGUAGGAGAGACUGUUGGCCAGUAUCUUUCAAACCUCAAUCUUCAAGGGAAGACUUUUGUCUCUGGUCUUUUAAUAGGGCAGUGUUCUUCACAAAAGGAUUAUGUGAUUCUUGCCACUAGAACGCCACCCAAAGAGGAACAGAAUGAGAGCCCCAAACAUCCCAAAGCUAAGUUGGAUAACUUGGAUGAAGAAUGGGCCACAGAACAUGCCAACCAGGUAUCCAGAAUGCUUCCAGGGGGACUUUUAGUUCUUGGGGUAUUUAUUGUUACAACUUUAGAAAUGGGAAAUGAGUUUCAAAAUACCCUGCGAAGACUUGUAUUUGCUGUGGAAAAAUCUCUGAAUAAAAAGAGACUGUGGAAUUUCACAGAGGAGGAGGUCUCAGAACGAGUGACACUUCACAUUUGCUCUUCUACAAAAAAAAUACUUUGUCGAACUUAUGAUAUCCAUGAUCCAAAGAGUUCUGCAAAACCAGCAGAUUGGAAGUAUCAAAAUGGACUAUCAGCUUCAUGGCUUUCUUUAGAGUGUACAGUUUAUAUUAAUAUUCACAUCCCACUGUCUGCUACUUCUGUCAGCUAUACUCUGGAGAAAAAUACAAAGAAUGGACUUGCACGCUGGGCCAAGCAAAUAGAAAAUGGUGUUUAUUUGAUUAAUGGACAAGUUAAAGAUGAAGAUUGUGAACUAUUAGAAGGACAGAAAAAAUCUUCUAGAGGAAAUACUCAAGCAACUAAUCAUUCUUUUGAUGUCAGAGUGCUCACACAGUUGGUUCUGAAUUCAGACCACAGAUCCACAGCCACAGUCCAGAUCUGCAGUGGCUCUGUAAACCUUAAGGGUGCUGUGAAGUGCAGAGCUUAUGUUCAUAGUAAUAAACCCAAGGUUAAGGAUGCUGUACAGGCCAUGAAGAGAGAUAUAUUGAAUACAGUUGCUGAUCGUUGUGAAAUACUAUUUGAGGAUCUGGUUUUGAAUGAAAUUCCAGAAAAAAAAGAUUCUGAAAAAGAGUUCCACAUCCUCCCUCACCGAGUUUUUGUCCCCAUUCUGGGAUCUGCUGUAAUGUUGUGUGAUUAUAAAUUUGGUGAUGAGUCAGCUGAAGAAAUAAGAGACCAUUUUAUAGAGAUGUUAGAUCAUAUGAUUCAAAUAGAAGAUUUGGAAAUUGCAGAGGAAGUAAACACAGCUUGUGUGAGUGCCUCUGUCAAUACUGAAGCCUCAUUGGAUAACACAGAUGAUGAACAACCAAAGCAGCCAAUUAAAACUACAGUAGUGUUGAAAAUUCAGCAAAAUAUAGGUGUGAUUGCAGCAUUUGCAGUUGCAGCCCUUGCUGCGGGUAUCUCCUUUCAUUACUUCAGUGAUUAGGGUGAGGCACAAAGAGCUUCCUGAUCAUCCAGAGAACACUGAUCAACAGUUAUGAAUAAUAAAGAUGUAAACAAUCCAUCUGUAUUUAAGAUAAUAGCAGCCAGAUCUGCUGCCAUAAUACCUAUUAGGUGUGUUUCUAACUCAAAUGAAAUCACCAGCUGCCUUGUUUAGCCUUGCUUAUAUUAUAGGUGGCUCAGGCUUCCAAGAAUAAAGUUAGCAUCUAGAUGGAAGUUGCAUGUAACAAAUUGUUAUUAUCUAUUUUUUUAAAUGUUCAAAAUGAUGGUUUAUUUUCAUAGAUUUUAGUCCUAUUGAUCUGAAUCACAUAUUAAUUAGGACAUUGAAAAUUUGAAUAGUCAUUGUUGACCAAGUGUCUUAGUAAGAGAACAAUAGGAGAAAUUCCUACAAAAUGGGGCAACAACUUAUUGGAUAAGUUCAUACUCUAGGACCUUUCUACACUUUGCUCCAUAAUACUGAUUGAGUUUCAGUUGAGGGGUAAGAAACCUUUCCAGCGAGGUUUCAAUCAGCAAGGAUUGUCAUAACCCAUGUACUUUCUCAGGUUAGUAUGUUAUAACUUAAUAUAUUGAAUAACACUUUUGCUUCCAGUAAUACAUUUGCAGUACAUAAGUACUGCAAAACAGCUUGGUCCUGAAUAAAAUCUACUUUUGAGUGCAUUAAUAGGUUCAAAGAGAGUCGCGAAAGUCCAAUAACUCUGCCUCUUAUUUUUUCUCCCUGACAAAAUGAACACAUUUUGAUGUGGAAAUUAUGAGAACUAUAUUAAGCAUAAGGUAGACAGUGGUUACCUGGAUGACAAAUAACUAUUGUAGCACUGCUAUAUGCAAUUCUCCUCAGACCAUAAACAAGGAGAUAAAUCUGAAUCUGAGAUGCUCUUACAUCCAUGACAGUUGAAGUGGGCCUCAGCUUGUAAUACCUUGGCCAGAAGCAAGAUAAAAGCCAAAGAUUCCCAAGAUUAAGAUAAAGCAAUAUUAUUUCAUGAUUAAAGAUCAGCAGGUGCAAGUUGAAACUAGUAGGAGAAAGAACUUGUAGAAAUAAACUUUGGAUUCAGUACUCCAAUAUCUUAGCACCAACAACAUACAUGAAGGAUGGAACCACAGGCAGAUCUGAAAAAGAAACAAAUGAGACUGCUAGGUGAGAAAUAUGUUACUUUGCAAUUAGAAAAAAAACUGUCAGACAUAUUGACUAUAAUAUUAGACUCAGCCAAAGUAACAAUAUACAAACUGGAAGCUAGAUCUAAAGAAAUUAUCCAUGUGCAGCAAGGAUAAACAAGGUGCUAGAAAAUGUAAAAAGAAGUUAAGAGAUAAGGAAGGUAGAAUUAUGAAGACCAGAAGUACCAGCAGCAGAGAACAGAGAGGUUGGAGGAGUGGCAGUAUUUGAAGAGAUAACAGAAUUUUCUACAUUUGUUGGAAAUAUAAGAACUCAUAAAUUCAGGAAGCACAACAAAUCCCAAGCAUAUAUAGAUAAAAAUCCUAAGCCUAAAUCCAAUAUAACAUAACUGUGAGAUACCAAACUGAAGAUUUUUAAAGCAAUCAAAGGGGGAAAAAGAACAUAAGUGAAGGCAAGACAGAUACUUCAGAAGGCUUCUCAAUAGCAACAGUGUAUUCAAAAGAUGGUGGAACAGUGCCUUCAAAAUUCUGAGAAAAAUAAAUUAUCUGCCUGGACUUUGUACAAAGCAAAACUGAAAUAAAGACAUGUUCAAAUGAAAAACAUAUUUUAUCAUCAUUGUAACUUAGUUAAAGAAAACUGCAAAAGAUGAUCUUCAGGAAGGUGAAUGAUUCCAAAAGGACGAUUGGAAAUUAAAGAACUAGUGGGCAAAUAAAUGAAAAAUAUGUAAA